AUGGCGGAAAAGAAGCUCAAAUGGUACGACAUCUUCGUGGUUCUUUUUGGAAUCAUUUUAAGCAUUGCCGACCCCAUCACAGAUAUUCUUACGCUGGUAGAAUUCUACCGCGCAGAUCACAAGACAUGGUUCGGUGUGGGGCUUACAUUCGUUAUUUUGCCAAGUGUGUUUUUUAUUGUUGUUAACUACGAAGUUAACAAGGUUACAGGGAGUAAAUGGCAGUCUGAGGCUUGCAACUUCAUACAUGUUUUAGUCGUUGGAUGCAAUCCACUCCUUCCGGCCUGGCUGAAACUGCGAACGCUUUAUUGCUACCUAAAGAAGUUACUAAAACUCAGGCAAGGUAAUAACACCGAUCAAACGGAUGAAGACUUGGAUGGUCUACUGGAUUUGAGCAAAGUCGCUGUUCUGGCCGAGGCCGCUCUUGAGUCAGCUCCUCAGUUUAUUAUUCAGUUGUACGCCAUGGCUGUUCAACAGCAAUCGGUGUCGAUCAUUCAAAUGGUUUCCCUGCCUGUGUCUUUCCUCAGCUUGGCUUGGGCGUCUACUGUCGGCGAUGAGUUUCUUUGGAUUGACAAAGGAGACUUCCAUUUCAGUGUAAAACAAACAGUUUUACUUUUUGUAACGCACUUAAUUAUUUUAAGCAGUCGACUUUUUGCAGUUGCUUUGUUCACCGUAAGCUACAAGUGGUGGGUUACCAGUGUUUUAAUCCUUCACUGUACGGUGAUAACGAUAUGUGACAGAGUUUGGCUUUGUAGAGUACAAAGAGCUGACAGAACCACCGAACGAUUUUCGUCGGUUGUGUAUUUCUGCCUCCAUUGGCUACGAGAUGAUUUGUCAUUACUAGUAAUUCAUGAUAACGCCGGAUACACUGAACAUUUAAGAAUGCAGUUGUUUUCCAACGUGCUCUUUGUGAUAGAAAACAUCACCAUGAUCCUGUUGUUUUAUUUCAGUCAUUUCCCCCACACCUGGUACUGCUUACCAGUCACCAUCUGUGUCUGUUUAUUUGCUGUUCUUGGAGCCGUUAUGAGACUUACUCACUUCCACUUCUUAGAGAAGGAAUCAGAUGAUCAAUCAAAUAACACCGAUCAAGUGCAGCAG